GGAGGUGACUGAGAGUGGAAGGGACUCAAGGGGGAUGACUCCCGCAGAACAUCCCACUCUUUGGAAAUACUCAGAGGAAGAUGUCAGCCCAGUCCUUUCCUACAGCAACGCCCCCUACCCUGAAGCCCCCUCGGAUCAUCCGCCCCCGGCCCCCCUCUCGUCAUCGGGCUCCUCACUCCCCAGGACCUCCCCACAAUGGCUCCUCUCCGCAAGCACUUCACCAAACUUCCAACGAUGCAUCAGCUUCAAUGUGCACCCCCAUCUUCUGGGAGCCCCCGAUUACAUCCCUCAAGCCCUCUGCCCUUCUGCCCCCCUCAGCUUCUAGAACCAGUCUAGACUCUCAGACUUCCCCAGACUCGCCUUCCAGUACACCCAGUCCCAGUCCAGCGUCUCGGCGCUCCAUCUCCCCUGAACUGGCUCCCUGCUCUCCAGUACCCCCACCCAAGCCCUCUGGGUCACCCCGCACACCUCUGCCCUUGCUCCCUGUGCCUCUCCAGGAUGGCUCUCUCUCGGCCCCUGGCACAGUGCGGAGGCUGGCUGGCAAGUUUGAGUGGGGGGCUGAAGGCAAGGCCCAGGUCUCAGACUCCCUGGAGCGGUGCUCCCAAGGAGGCACCGAAGUGAAUGGGGAGAGAGAGACUACCCAAGGCAUCCUCUCCGGGACUGGGUCCCAGGAGAAUGGCACUCUAGAUGCUGUCCUGGCUUGCCCUCCUGGCUGCCCCUGUGUCUGCCACCUAGCAAGGCCUGGCCUGGAGCUCCGAUGGGUGCCUGUAGGGGCUUCUGAUGACAUCCUCAGGCUCCCCUGCCGGGCAUCCCCACUGCGAGCCUCCCGUUCCCGCAUCAGCCCUCCAGUCAUCAGUCACCCUCCAGUUGUCCUCACAUCUUACCGCUCCACUGCUGAGCGCAAACUCCUACCCCCCCUCAAACCCCCCAAACCUACUCGAGUCAGACAGGAUACCCGUACUUCUGGGGAGCUCCCACAGCUGGACCUGGAUCUGCCUUCAGAAGAUGGGAUCCAAACAGGAGACAGUCCUGUUGAAGUUCCUCAGAGUGCUCCUCCUGCAGCUUUGGAAGGAAGGGAAGAAGAAGAGCUGGAGGGGCUGAAGGAGCAGACCUGGGAGCUUCCCCUGCAGGAUGAACCUCUCUACCAGACUUACCGGGCAGCUGUACUGUCAGAGGAACUGUGGGGUGUAGGCGAGGAUGGGAGCCCCUCUCCAGCUAAUUCUGGAGAAGCUCCCACCUUUUCCAGGCUCCCUGGACCUCGCAACACCCUGUGGCAGGAGCUCCCAGCUGUGCGAGCCAGUGGACUCCUGGAGACCCUUAGCCCCCAGGAGAGACGCAUGCAAGAGAGCCUGUUUGAGGUGGUGACCUCAGAGGCCUCCUACCUGCGUUCUCUACGACUGCUGACUGACACCUUUGUGCUAAGCCAGGCACUCCGGGACACACUCACUCCCCGGGACCACCAUACGCUUUUCUCCAAUGUGCAGCGAGUCCAGGGUGUCAGUGAGCAGUUUCUAGGAACAUUGCUGUCCCGUGUACGUUCUUCCCCUCACAUCAGUGACCUGUGUGAUGUAGUGCAUGCCCAUGCAGUGGGUCCUUUCUCAGUGUAUGUGGAUUAUGUGCGGAACCAACAGUAUCAGGAGGAGACCUACAGCCGCCUUAUGGACACAAAUGUGCGGUUCUCUGCGGAGCUGCGUAGGCUGCAGAGCCUCCCCAAGUGUGAGAGGCUCCCACUGCCAUCUUUCCUGCUACUGCCCUUCCAGCGCAUCACCAGGCUCCGUAUGCUGCUGCAGAAUAUCCUACGCCAGACAGAGGAGGGGACCCUGCGCCAGGAGAAUGCCCAAAAGGCUUUGGGUGCUGUGAGCAAGAUCAUUGAGCGCUGUAGCGCUGAGGUGGGACGUAUGAAGCAGACUGAAGAGCUGAUCCGACUCACCCAAAGACUGCGCUUCCACAAAGUCAAGGCUCUGCCUCUGGUCUCCUGGUCGAGGCGCCUGGAAUUGCAGGGGGAGUUGACUGAGUUGGGGUGUCGGAGAGGAGGUGUGCUCUUCACCUCCCGCCCCCGCUUCACCCCUCUCUGCCUGCUGCUCUUCAGUGACCUGUUGCUUAUCACUCAGCCCAAGAGUGGGCAGCGGCUACAGGUUCUGGACUAUGCCCAUCGCUCCCUGGUGCAGGCCCAGCAGGUUCCUGACCCAUCUGGACCCCCUACAUUCCGCCUCUCCCUUCUCAGUAACCACCAAGGCCGCCCCACCCACAGGCUACUCCAAGCUGCCUCGCUAUCAGAUAUGCAACGCUGGCUGGGAGCCUUCCCAACCCCAGGCCCCCUUCCCUGUUCCUCAGACACCAUUUAUGAGGACUGUGAGUGCUCCCAGGAACUGUGCUCAGAACAGUCUAUACCUUCUAAGACCGAGGGCCGAAGUCUGGAGUCCAAGACUCCUCCCAAGCAUCUGCACAAGAAUCCUGAAGGGUGGCUGAAGGGGCUUCCUGGAGCCUUCCCUGCCCAAUUGGUGUGUGAAGUCUCAGGGGAACAUGAAAGGAGAAAGCACCUUCGAAGGCACCAGAGGCUUCUUGAGGCUGUGGGGUCCUCUUCAGGGACCCCUGGAACCUCCCAACCCUAAUGUGGGUUGGGGAAGGGGCACACGUUGGGAUGCUGGCAACAGUACAAAGAAGACAAAGCCUAUCCAUCCAUUCAUCUGUUUGUC